AUGGCCCUCGCGACGGGCCGUAAAAAGACAGAGACCCGGUCCCUCCGGUCCCACGUGACCCCCGUUCCGACUCGCGAGAACCCUGCUGUGCCCCGCCGCCUGCAUCCCGCCUCUGUACCACCCCCUGCAGCCCUGCUGUGCCCCGCCGCCUGCAUCCUGCCUCUGUACCACCCCCUGCAGCCCUGCCGUGCCCCCCACCUGCAUCCCGCCUCUGUACCACCCGCCUGCAGCCCUGCCGUGCCCCCCACCUGCAUCCCGCCUCUGUACCACCCGCCUGCAUCCCGCCUCUGUACCACCCCCUGCAGCCCUGCUGUGCCCCGCCGCCUGCAUCCCGCCUCUGUACCACCCGCCUGCAGCCCUGCUGUGCCCCGCCGCCUGCAUCCCGCCUCUGUACCACCCCCCUGCAGCCCUGCCGUGCCCCGCCGCCUGCAUCCCGCCUCUGUACCACCCCCUGCAGCCCUGCCGUGCCCCGCCGCCUGCAUCCCGCCUCUGUACCACCCGCCUGCAGCCCUGCCGUGCCCCGCCGCCUGCAUCCCGCCUCUGUACCACCCCCUGCAGCCCUGCCGUGCCCCGCUGCCUGCAUCCCGCCUCUGUACCACCCGCCUGCAGCCCUGCCGUGCCCCGCCGCCUGCAUCCCGCCUCUGUACCACCCGCCUGCAGCCCUGCCGUGCCCCGCCGCCUGCAUCCCGCCUCUGUACCACCCCCCUGCAGCCCUGCCGUGCCCCGCCGCCUGCAUCCCGCCUCUGUACCACCCCCCUGCAGCCCUGCCGUGCCCCGCCGCCUGCAUCCCGCCUCUGUACCACCCCCCUGCAGCCCUGCUGUGCCCCGCCGCCUGCAUCCUGCCUCUGUACCACCCCCCUGCAGCCCUGCCGUUCCCCCCACCUGCAUCCCGCCUCUGUACCACCCGCCUGCAGCCCUGCCGUGCCCCGCCGCCUGCAUCCCGCCUCUGUACCACCUGCCUGCAGCCCUGCCGUGCCCCGCCGCCUGCAUCCCGCCUCUGUACCACCCACCUGCAGCCCUGCCGUUCCCCCCACCUGCAUCCCACCUCUGUACCACCCGCCUGCAGCCCUGCCGUGCCCCGCCGCCUGCAUCCCGCCUCUGUACCACCCACCUGCAGCCCUGCUGUGCCCCGCCGCCUGCAUCCCGCCUCUGUACCACCCCCUGCAGCCCUGCUGUGCCCCGCCGCCUGCAUCCCGCCUCUGUACCACCCGCCUGCAGCCCUACUGUGCCUCGCCACCUGCAUCCCGCCUCUGUACCACCCCCUGCAGCCCUGCUGUGCCCCGCCGCCUGCAUCCCGCCUCUGUACCACCCCCCUGCAGCCCUGUUGUGCCCCGCCACCUGCAUCCCGCCUCUGUACCACCCCCCUGCAGCCCUGCCGUGCCCCCCACCUGCAUCCCGCCUCUGUACCACCCCCUGCAGCCCUACCGUGUCCCCCACCUGCAUCCCGCCUCUGUACCAUCCGCCUGCAGCCCUGCUGUGCCCCGCCGCCUGCAGCCCGCCUCUGUUCCACCCCCUGCAGCCCUGCUGUGCCUCGCCACCUGCAGCCCGCCUCUGUACCACCGCCCUGCAGCCCUGCCGUGCCUCGCCACCUGCAUCCCGCCUCUGUACCACCCCCCUGCAGCCCUGCCGUGCCCCGCCGCCUGCAGCCCGCCUCUGUACCACCCCCUGCAGCCCUGCCGUGCCCCGCCGCCUGCAGCCCGCCUCUGUACCACCCCCCUGCAGCCCUGCCGUGCCUCGCCGCCUGCAGCCCGCCUCUGUACCACCCCCCUGCAGCCCUGCCGUGCCCCGCCGCCUGCAGCCCGCCUCUGUACCACCCCCUGCAGCCCUGCCGUGCCUCGCCGCCUGCAGCCCGCCUCUGUACCACCCCCCUGCAGCCCUGCCGUGCCCCGCCGCCUGCAGCCCGCCUCUGUACCACCCGCCUGCAGCCCUGCCGUGCCCCGCCGCCUGCAGCCCGCCUCUGUACCACCCGCCUGCAGCCCUGCCGUGCCCCCCACCUGCAUCCUGCCUCUGUACCACCCGCCUGCAGCCCUGCCGUGCCCCGCCGCCUGCAUCCCGCCUCUGUACCACCCGCCUGCAGCCCUGCCGUGCCCCGCCGCCUGCAGCCCGCCUCUGUACCACCCCCCUGCAGCCCUGCCGUGCCCCGCCGCCUGCAUCCCGCCUCUGUACCACCCCCCUGCAGCCCUGCCGUGCCCCGCCGCCUGCAGCCCGCCUCUGUACCACCCCCCUGCAGCCCUGCCGUGCCCCGCCGCCUGCACCCCGCCUCUGUACCACCCGCCUGCAGCCCUGCCGUGCCCCGCCGCCUGCAUCCCGCCUCUGUACCACCCGCCUGCAGCCCUGCCGUGCCCCGCCGCCUGCAUCCCGCCUCUACGGGGACCAGGACCACAGUGGCCAGAGCAGUGCUGGACUGGGAAGCAGUGCCACGAGGCUGGGGAGCUGUGUCGCGAUCUGGAGCGGUACCAAGAUCAGGAUCUGUGCAGGAAUGUUGACCAGUGCCAGGAUGACCAGUGCCGGGAGCAGGACCUGCUGUACGACGGGGAUUGGCAUCGUGAUCAGGAGCGCUGCUGCGAGUCUGACCGGUGCUGCAAGUGCGACCAGUGCCACGAGUCUGACUGGUGCCGUGAUUGCGAGCAAAGCCGGGACUCUGAGCAGUGCCACAAUCCCCCCAGUGGUGCUGAGGGACAGAGCAUCGCCGGUUUGCCUGGAGACGGUGCCACAUAUUGCAGUACCGGAGUCUUGGCUUGA